AAGGAGUUGACGCUGACGCGUCACUGCGGCCUAAACUAAGCUCAAAUCCGACCUGUACUGCAUGGUGGCUGGACCUACUUCGGCUCGGCCCCUGGAUUCCGAGCUAACUAAAAGGCAUCACAGUCGAACUGGAACUGACCAUCGUAAAACGCCCCACUCAAUUUGCAGCAUGGAUUAUGGAUCACGGAACCAAGCCAUUUACCUUCCUCAUAAUUGGAGAAACUAAAGAUCUGUUCAUAAGUUGAUAGUUCUGACAAUCACGUAAAUGGCAGCUGCAGAUGAUUUGCAGUUCCGAGAGUUUGAUGACGCUACAAACCUUUUGGCAGCAAAUCCUGAUGCUACAACAAUAAGCAUCACGGAUCCUAAUGAUAAGCCUAAAAAUCAGAGAGGUCCAUCAGAUGAACUGGGAAAAGAUGAAGAUGAUGAUUUGGAGAAUGAAGACUCUGACAAGGCAGAGUUGCUUGCAGGACAAAAGAAAAGUGCUCCUUUUUGGACUUUUGAAUAUUAUCAAACAUUUUUUGAUGUUGACACCUUCCAGGUAUUGGAUAGAAUAAAAGGUUCCCUUUUACCACUUCCCGGAAAAAACUUUGUAAGGUUAUAUAUCCGCAGUAAUCCAGAUCUGUAUGGUCCCUUCUGGAUCUGUGCCACUCUGGUGUUUGCAAUUGCAAUAAGUGGAAACUUUGCCAAUUUCUUGACUCAUCAUGGUCAGCGUGGUUAUCGUUACGUACCUGAGUUCCAUAAAGUUUCUAUAGCAGCUACAGCAAUCUACACUUACGCCUGGCUUAUUCCUCUUGGAGUCUGGGGCUUUCUUAUGUGGAGAAACAAUAAAGUAGUGAACAUUGUCUCGUAUUCAUUCUUGGAGAUAGUGUGUGUAUAUGGAUACUCACUAUUUAUUUACAUUCCUACUGCAAUGCUGUGGAUUAUUCCAAGUGAGAUAGUACGUUGGCUGACAAUAGUAUUAGCCAUGUGCCUUUCAGGCACCGUUCUAGUGAUGACCUUCUGGCCAGCUGUCCGGGAUGAUAAUCGGAGAAUUGCCAUAACAACUAUUGUAGUUAUUCUGAUCCUUCAUGCCCUGCUUGCCGUUGGCUGUAAGGCCUAUUUCUUUGAUCCACCAGAAGAAAUCAAGCCUUCUCUUGUCACGACAACUAUUGCUCCAACUCGUAAUGGAACUUUGGUGACAAACCAUGCUACAGCAUAACUUGUCAGAUUUGUUCUCUGAUAUAUUGGUGUGCAGAAAGGCUCUUCAGACUAACCAGCCAGUGUAACACGGAUUAUUUAAUUAGUCUACAAAGAUAUAUAUGCUGAUUUAUUUGACUAUGGUGGACAUCUAAACCAAUUAAAUCAGGUUUUGGGAUUUUUGCUUUGUGGCUAAUGUUUUCCUGUUCUACUUUUCCACUGUCUAAUGAAAGGUGUACAUUACAAAUUGUAAAUACUCUUUCUCAUGGUUUGCUAAUUUAGUUUGGGGAAAGAUAUUGUUUGUAAUCUUUAAUGUAUAGAUAAUUAAAUUACAAUUUUUUGAACAGCUAUACUUUAUUUAAAAUAUGCUAAUUGUAAAAUGUACAUAAGUUAGUUUUGUUUCAUAGUUUUGUGUAGAACUUGACAAAAAGCUGAAGUCCAUUGAAUGUAUAAACACAUGUCAUAUGGAAAUGUUACAGCCAUUAUAAUGAGAAUCACUGAAUGCAAAUGAAGAAUUGCCAAUUUUUGGGUGAAA